AUGACAAUCGACGAGGGACCUAUCAAGCAUGUGCCCCCGCCAUGGGACUUGAAAGGGACAUCCUACCUCUUCAUGUUCUGGAUACCGUCAUCUCAGGCCAAAUCGUUACCAACGGACAUAGCCUUCUCUCCUCUGGAAGCUCAAUCCUCCUUUGCAAGUGCUGCAAACUCAGGGUCUCCUCAGGGAGGUAUUGCUACCAUACAAAUCCAUCGGUAUGAGUCUAGCCCAGCAGGCCCAUAUGAUGAGUUCAUUCUAUCGACUGGCAUGUACACUUAUCCAGUCGAAGAGAAUGAAAUGAGAAAGGAAAAGAAAAACAUGCGUAUCACGCGCAUCUACGUUUCCCAGAAGACAGCGUGCUGGAACGGGCGCAAAGAUUGGAAUACCCCGAAGCACCUAGCUCGAUUUGAGUUUAACGAAUUACCCGGCGGUGCCACGGAGAUCAAGAUAUUCCCUCACGAUACCACUGGUGAUCAAAGGGAAGCUGCCGCCGAUAUCAAGCCUUUCUUCAGCACCAUUUACAGUCCCAUUCGGUACAUGCCCAGUUUCCCACUCACAACUUCGCUAGUCAAGUUGCUGGGGAUUGACUUCACAGUCGUUCAACCUCCUGUGCCCGCGGCCGAAGGAAGUCAAGGAGAGCUUGUUGGUAGCGACCGCUGGUGCAGUUUCUAUCCUACUUUGUCCAGUUCUCAGACAGAGGCUGGAUGGUUCGACAUGAGUCAGAAAGGCAACACUGGAGAGGAGAAUUUCUGGCCCGGCCUCGGGAGAUGGAGGCUAGGAAUGAGAAUGAAGAAUGCUGAAAUUUCAUUCAAAGACAUGCGUCACUGGGAGACACCUAGAUCAACACAGUGA